AUGAAUGCUUUAAAAGCAAAACGUGGUCAUGUUAAAGGGGUUUUGACACGGGCAGCAACUUUUGCUGAAAAUAUAGAUGACCGUGUGUCAUCUGAGCUUCUCGAAACACGCUUAGAAAGCCUCCAAGAUGCUUGGAAUAAAUUUAUAACUUUAACUGACGAACUUUUCAGUUUUUCUGAACAAGAGGAUUACGUAGAUCCUAGUGAUGAUUUUUCGGAUUACGAAAGUAAAUAUUUCACUGCCCAAUCAACCUUUGUAAAGGAAAUUCGCGAACGUAAAUUAGCUUCACCACCCGCUCUACCUACUGCCGCCGAAACGGUUAUCGAAAAAUUAGCUAGCCAGCAAGCUUUAUUUCUUAAAAAACUUAAUGAGCCAAAAAAAACGGCAUGUUCUAUCGCGGAUCAUUUUAUUGGCUCCAUAGAUAGUAACUCCGAUAUAUCUCAGACACAGAAAUUUCAUUAUCUGAAAUCUUUCCUACGCGGAGAGCCAGCUAAUCUUAUACGCGAUAUAAAGGUAUCGGAUAUAAAUUAUCUCGAUGCUUGGGACAAACUAGAGAAGCGCUACGAUAGGCCCAACUUCAUGAUUCAGUCGCAUAUACAAUCGCUCCUGUCAAUUCCAAACAUUAACGCGAAUAAUGUUCAAUCCCUUCGGAAACUUACCGAUGCAGCCGAUGAAACCAUUCGAGGUUUGGACUCUUUGGGAGCCCCAUGGCGAGACCCUUGGGUCAUUUAUCUUUUAUCGUUAAAAUUAGACCACGAUACCAAAGAGGCUUGGGGUCUAGAGGUAGGGGCAAGAUCCAAUGCAUCUAUUGAUGAAUUUUUAGUAUUUUUGAACUCACGUUGUGAUGCUUUGGAGUCUGCACAAUCGCUUUCUCGUCCGACUAAUCAAUCUCGUGUGAAGAAUCCAAAGCUCGUUCAGUCUCAUUUCGUGGAAACUACUACAAGCUGUCCAAAGUGCAAAGCAGAUCAUUCAUUGAACCAAUGUCCACAUUUUCUUUCGCUUGACACCAUUACACGUCGUUCUUUUAAAUGCCAUUCCAAAUUUCGUUGCCGAACUUGUCACGCGCGUCAUCAUUCUUUGGUUCACCCACAAUCUCCGACAACGGUCUCUUCAGAUCAUAACUCUUCGUCUUCUUCUCCUGGAACUUCCUCGACCAAUCCUAUAAUGCCAAAUUCUCUUAGCGCAACAACUUCGCCAAUCUCGCUUUGCUCAUCGGUAGCUCAGCCAAUUAACUUACAUUCUGAGGUUCAUUCUCAAGUUCUAUUGCCCACAGCUAUUGCACAAGUGCAUGAUAAACAGGGAACGUCGCAUCACAUUCGACUAUUGCUAGACUCGGGAUCUCAAGUUUCUUUCGUAACCGAGCAAACGGUUCAGAGAUUAGGAUUGGUUCGCAAGAAAGCACAAAUACCCAUCGCAGGUGUCGGAGCAACACCAGCAGGUGUUACAAAUGGAAUCGUUACCCUCAAACUUCAUUCUCGCUAUACACAGGACUUCAUCGAGGUUCAGUGCUUCGUCGUUUCAAAACUAACUUCUUUAUUGCCGACGUCGUUUUGUAAAACUUCAAAUAUUCAAUCUUUCGGUUCGUAUACGUUGGCUGAUCCACAUUUUAAUAUUCCUGGUCACAUUGAUGUGCUCAUCGGUGCUGAUAAAUUAUUCAGCAUAAUCAGUGGUGCUGCAGAACGUGGUCUGCAAGGAAUUUGCCAACAAUUUUCGGUUGGGUUGUCUGUGGAAACAUAG